AUGAGAACGAUUCCUGGUAGUCAGUCAGCCGCGACACCUAGCGGGGCCGAGCUGGGUCAGCUGAUCGAAUACCGCCCUUUCGAGGCGCGUAACGGACUCGAGUACUCGGUGCUCGGACUCGACUUCGAAGUGCGGCCCGAGCACUUUGGCGAGAUCGACGACGGCGGCGGUCUGGGCGCCGGUGGCGGUCUUGGCGCCGGCGUGCUCCGGCUCAAGUGCACGGCCAGCGUCGCCACGCUGUACUGGCAGCAGAGCCACGUCCGCACGGCGAACCCGUCGCGCAGCGACUAUGUCUCCGACGUCCUUCGCAACAUCGAUUUCACUGCAUUCCAGGCAUUGUUUCCAGCGCAAGAUCUGGCUGCUGACGUAGAUUGA